AUGUUGAUGCAAAUAUUUUCAAAUUUCAUAGUUUAUGUGAGUCUCGUGGUUUGGUUCAUACUGUUUUGUUUCCGAUGCGGUUUGAAUCUCAUUUGGAUUUGCUGUAAUGUAAUGAAAGCACACUCAUUCGAGCCACCAAAAGCGGAACCCAAAUUGGUAGCAGUGACCAUGCAGUUAUCAAAUUUCGCCUGUCUUUUCUCUGUUUGGAAGUUAAAGAUCAGAGAUUUUAAGUCGGCCGAUUUUGAAGAUAUGAGGAACUAUUUACGACACAUUGACUGGCUUGGCUCAUUCAAUAAUACUCAUACGGUAAAUGAAAAAUAUGAAACGUUUCUAGCUAUUUUGAAUCACGCCGUGGACAUCUCGUCGCAAGCGGCAAGUGACUGGAAUGCCUUCCACGCUCUGAGUAAAAGGUGGACUCAAAAGCCUAACAAAUAUAAUGCGUCUAUUGAACGGAAAAAAAAACUUUCGGAAGGUGGAGUGAGAUUGUUAUACUCUCUGCUCAAGUACAGGCUUCGAGAUAAACUAAAAAUUGGAACUCUUCUGUCUGAAACUUUGCCCAGAGCUAUUAAGGAAGAGUUAUUGACGAAUACAUUCGAAAAAGUGUUUUCUACGUCACAUGAAUUGAUGUUCAUGAUACAGCCUCCCUGGUUUGAAAACAAAACCAUCGCAAAUACCCUUGAAAAAUGGUCGUCGGCGGCUAGUACAAAUUGCAAAAAUAUUCCCUUCACU